GUACAGACGCGGCUGAGGGCUGACGCAGAUGUUGCGCGCGCGCCAAAACUGGAGAGAGGAGCGCGCGCGGCCAGCGGGCGAGGCGGCCACCAUCCCGCGCGCCCUCUAGACCUACACACACCCCUAGGCAUUGCACUAUAUACGGUCGGUCAUGAAAAAUCUUGCCCAUUUGCUGGCUGUCCCUAUCAGCGAUCGAGUGGUAACUUUCAUCUCUCUAGUAGCCGCAGUCACACUGCUCUCGCGGACGACAGAAGGGCGGUCCGCCCGUAGGUGGUCGGCGGGAGAACGCGGGCGUGGAGCGUGUAGCCGCACGCGUUUCCCGCACCACACACACCCGCCCAUUCACUGUUAGCAGUAGGCAGUUCACUCGGGGGGAGUUCGAUAGACAAUGUCCGAGGACUUGGACUCGAUCAGCGAGGAAGAACGAAGCUUGUUCCGACCCUUCACAAGAGAGUCACUGGCCGCUAUCGAAGCCCGCAUAGCUGAGGAGCAUGCUAAACAAAAGGAACUCGAGAAAAAACGAGCGGAAGGCGAGAACGAUUUGGGGCGGACGAAAAAGAAAAAAGAAGUGCGUUACGAUGACGAGGACGAGGACGAAGGUCCUCAGCCGGACGCGACCCUGGAGCAGGGCCUGCCGCUGCCGGUGCGAAUGCAGGGCUCCUUUCCGGCGGAGGUGUCCUCCAUACCCCUCGAGGACAUCGACCCCUUCUAUCACAACCAAAGAACAUUCGUAGUUAUAAGCAAGGGUAAAGAUAUCUUCAGGUUUUCGGCAACCAACGCCCUGUGGAUAUUGGACCCUUUCAACCCAAUAAGAAGAGUUGCGAUAUACAUUCUAGUACAUCCUUUGUUCUCGUUGUUUAUCAUUACGACAAUUUUAGUGAACUGUAUUCUUAUGAUAAUGCCUACGACCCCGACAGUCGAAAGUACAGAAGUUAUCUUUACCGGGAUCUACACGUUUGAAUCAGCGGUGAAAGUAAUGGCACGGGGUUUCAUACUUCAGCCAUUCACAUACCUUAGAGAUGCAUGGAAUUGGCUUGACUUCGUAGUUAUAGCUUUAGCUUAUGUGACGAUGGGCAUAGAUCUCGGCAACUUGGCCGCUCUCAGAACGUUCAGGGUACUCCGAGCGCUGAAGACUGUGGCCAUCAUUCCGGGUUUGAAGACUAUCGUGGGCGCUGUCAUAGAGUCAGUGAAGAAUCUGAGAGAUGUGAUAAUUCUGACGAUGUUUUCACUAUCUGUGUUCGCGCUCAUGGGCCUACAGAUUUACAUGGGAGUGUUAACGCAAAAAUGUAUAAAAGUGUUCCCAGAAGACGGCUCCUGGGGGAACCUCACCGAUGAGAACUGGGAGAGGUUUUGCCAGAAUGAGACCAAUUGGUAUGGGGAUGGAGGGGAAUAUCCACUUUGUGGAAAUUCAUCAGGAGCUGGUCAAUGUGAACCCGGAUAUGUCUGUCUGCAAGGCUACGGUCCGAACCCCAACUACGGAUACACGAGCUUCGACACCUUCGGGUGGGCGUUCCUCUCAGCCUUCAGACUUAUGACACAGGAUUAUUGGGAGAACCUCUAUCAGUUGGUAUUGCGGUCAGCGGGAUCAUGGCACGUGCUGUUCUUCGUAGUGAUCAUCUUCUUGGGCUCCUUCUAUCUCGUCAACUUGAUCUUGGCCAUCGUCGCCAUGUCAUACGACGAAUUGCAGAAGAAAGCUGAAGAAGAGGAACAGGCCGAAGAGGAAGCUCUAAGGGAAGCAGAGCAAAAAGCGGCAGCGCGAGCGGACAAGGCGGAAGCACGCGAGGCGCAUGCGCGGGAGGCGGCGGCGGCGGCGCAGGCGGCGGCUUACGCUGAGGCGCACCCUGCCAAGUCCCCCAGCGACUUCUCGUGUCAGAGCUACGAGCUGUUCGUGAACCAGGAGCGCGGCAACCAGGACGACAAUACGCGCGAGCGCAUGUCCCUCCGUAGCGACCCCUUCCAGGACUCGGUGAGCACUCAGCCCACGCACAAGCCCACCGCCACCGACCCGCACCACGACGCACGCCGCCCCAGGAAGGUCAGCAUGGUCCCCCACCCUGAACGCAUAAAUAAAAUCAGCCAGUUACCAUAUGGGCCACUGCGCGAGGGCUCACAGGCUUCGUUAUCACUGCCUGGCUCGCCGUUCAAUUUGCGUCGAGGGUCUCGGGGCUCGCACCAGAUGGCGCUGCGGCCGAACGGUCGGUCGCGGUAUCCACCGGGUGCGGACCGCAAGCCGCUGGUGCUGUCUACGUACCUGGACGCUCAGGAACACCUGCCUUACGCUGACGACUCCAACGCCGUCACCCCCAUGUCUGAAGAGAACGGUGCUAUCAUUAUACCAGUUUACUACGCUAAUUUAGGAUCUCGUCACUCAUCAUAUACGUCGCAUCAGUCGCGGUUGUCGUACACGUCGCAUGGUGACCUGCUGGGCGGUGGUAAGGCGCAGACCAAGGAGGCACGCCUUAGAAACCGCUCAGCGUCGAGAAACCACAGCGUGACGUCACAACCACACGCCUACCCACUGCCCGGCCAGGACUUUUCGUUAGCGUCCAGGCCACUUAGAGAAUAUGAAAUGAGCACGACUGAAUGUACAGACGAAGCUGGGAAAGUAUUGAAACCAUCGACAGACAAUCCCUUCAUUGAAUCUUCGCAACAACCAAACGUAGUGGACAUGAGAGAUGUAAUGGUAUUGAAUGAAAUCAUCGAGCAAGCCGGCCGCCAGAGUCGAGCAAGCGAUCAGAACGUGUCAGUGUACUACUUCCCAACAGCGGAAGACGAUGAGGAUGGGCCCACGUUCAAAGAGAAGCUCUUGGAGUGCGUGAUGAAGGCGAUAGACUUCUUCUGUGUGUGGGACUGCUGUUGGUUGUGGCUGGAGUUUCAGAAGUACGUGGCUCUGUUGGUGUUCGAUCCGUUCGUGGAGUUGUUCAUCACCCUUUGUAUCGUAGUCAACACGCUGUUCAUGGCGCUCGACCACCACGACAUGGACAAAGACAUGGAGAAGGCGCUCAAAAGUGGCAACUAUUUUUUCACUGCUACAUUCGGAAUAGAAGCCAUGUUGAAAUUAGUAGCUAUGAGCCCAAAGUUCUACUUCCAAGAAGGAUGGAACAUAUUUGACUUUAUUAUUGUGGCCUUAUCACUGUUGGAGUUGGGAUUGGAAGGUGUUCAGGGUUUGUCAGUGUUGCGUUCCUUUCGUUUGCUUCGAGUAUUCAAAUUGGCAAAGUCAUGGCCGACACUUAAUUUACUCAUCUCCAUAAUGGGUAGGACAAUGGGUGCCUUGGGCAACCUGACCUUCGUAUUGUGCAUCAUUAUUUUCAUAUUUGCGGUGAUGGGUAUGCAACUAUUCGGGAAAAAUUACGUGGAUUACGUAGACCGUUUCCCGGACGGUGACCUCCCGCGAUGGAAUUUCACGGAUUUCAUGCACAGUUUCAUGAUUGUAUUCCGAGUGCUCUGCGGAGAAUGGAUUGAGAGUAUGUGGGACUGUAUGUUGGUCGGAGACGUAUCUUGUAUACCAUUCUUCCUGGCUACAGUCGUCAUUGGCAAUCUUGUGGUACUCAACCUCUUCUUGGCCCUGUUACUGUCCAAUUUCGGUUCAUCGAGUUUAUCAACACCAACCGCUGAUCAGGAUACCAAUAAAAUAGCGGAGGCCUUCAACAGAAUAUCGAGGUUCAUUGAUUGGGUGAAACGUAACGUAGCCGACGUAAUGAAGCUACUGAAGAACAAAUUGACCAAUCAGAUUGCGAUCCACGCUCCCGGCUUAAAGGCGGCUUUGUGUGGCCGCUGUGUCUCUUCAGAGCGAGUCGACAACGAACUGGAACUCGGCACAGACCUGGACGACGCCGUAUUGUACAAAGACAAGAAACUAAAAGACCAAGUAGAAGUAGCUAUAGGUGAUGGUAUGGAAUUCACUAUACCAGGUGACAAUAAAUACAAAAAAGGAAAAAUUUUGUUAAAUAAUAUAAAUGCGAUAACAGAUAAUCAUAGAGACAACCGAUUAGAUUGUGAAUUAAAUCAUCAUGGGUACCCUAUACAGGACGAUGACACAAUAAGUCAAAAGUCGUACGGCAGUCACAAAAUCAGAUCAUUCAAGGAUGAAAGUCAUAAAGGUUCAGCCGACACGAUAGAUGGCGAAGAGAAGAAAGAUGCCAGUAAAGAAGAAUUAGGAUUAGAAGAAGAAAUGGUUGAAGAAGAAGAAGAUGGGAAGUUAGAUGGAGGUCUGGGCAAAACAGACAUCAUAGUAGCAGCAGACGAAGAAGUCGUUGACGACAGUCCCGCUGACUGCUGCCCAGAGCCGUGCUACGCGAAGUUUCCAUUCCUCGCUGGCGACGACGAGUCUCCCUUCUGGCAAGGCUGGGGCAUGCUACGGUUGAAGACUUUCAAACUCAUUGAGAACACGUACUUUGAAACGGCUGUGAUUACAAUGAUUUUGCUCAGUAGUUUGGCUUUGGCUUUAGAAGACGUAAACUUACCACAUCGACCCAUCCUUCAGGACAUCUUGUAUUAUAUGGAUCGUAUCUUCACCGUCAUUUUCUUCAUUGAGAUGUUGAUCAAAUGGCUUGCCCUUGGCUUCCAAAAAUAUUUCACAAACGCGUGGUGCUGGCUCGACUUCAUCAUUGUCAUGGUCUCGCUUAUAAACUUCGUAGCGGCGCUUUGUGGCGCCGGCGGCAUUCAGGCGUUCAAAACGAUGAGAACGCUGCGCGCACUGCGCCCGCUCAGAGCCAUGAGCCGCAUGCAGGGCAUGAGGGUGGUGGUAAACGCGCUGGUACAGGCGAUCCCGUCCAUCUUCAACGUGUUGCUGGUCUGUCUUAUCUUCUGGCUUAUCUUUGCCAUCAUGGGUGUACAGCUUUUCGCUGGAAAGUAUUUCAAGUGCGUCGAUCUAAACCACACAACGCUAAGCCACGAGAUCAUCCCGGACCGGAACGCGUGCAUCUUGGAGAACUACACAUGGGAAAACUCGCCAAUGAAUUUCGACCACGUGGGCAAGGCGUACCUGUGCCUCUUCCAGGUGGCCACUUUCAAAGGAUGGAUACAGAUUAUGAACGAUGCUAUAGAUUCACGAGAGGUGGGACGGCAACCAAUAAGAGAGACGAACAUCUACAUGUACCUGUACUUUGUAUUCUUCAUUAUAUUCGGCUCAUUCUUCACCCUCAACCUAUUCAUCGGUGUGAUCAUCGACAACUUUAACGAACAGAAGAAGAAAGCCGGUGGAAGUCUCGAGAUGUUCAUGACUGAAGAUCAGAAGAAAUACUACAAUGCCAUGAAGAAAAUGGGUUCUAAGAAACCGCUGAAAGCUAUUCCGAGGCCCAAGUGGCGACCACAAGCCAUCGUGUUCGAGAUAGUGACGGACAAGAAGUUCGACAUGAUCAUCAUGUUGUUCAUCGGGCUGAACAUGUUGACGAUGACGCUGGACCACUACCAGCAGUCCGAGACCUUCAGCACAGUGCUCGACUACCUCAACAUGAUAUUCAUCGUGAUAUUCAGUUCAGAGUGCCUACUAAAAAUGUUCGCCUUACGCUAUCAUUACUUCGUUGAGCCUUGGAACUUAUUCGAUUUCGUAGUAGUCAAUUUCUCAAUUCUUAGUUUGGUAUUGAGUGAUAUUAUAGAGAAAUAUUUUGUAUCUCCGACUUUACUGAGAGUCGUGAGAGUGGCGAAGGUGGGUCGUGUGUUGCGUCUCGUGAAGGGCGCGAAAGGUAUCAGGACGUUAUUGUUCGCGUUGGCGAUGUCACUGCCAGCCCUGUUCAACAUCUGUCUGUUGCUCUUCCUUGUCAUGUUCAUCUUCGCCAUCUUCGGCAUGUCAUUCUUCAUGCACGUCAAGGACAAAGGAGGUCUCGACGACGUCUACAACUUCAAGACUUUCGUGCAGAGUAUGAUCCUGCUAUUUCAGAUGUCAACAUCAGCCGGAUGGGACGGUGUACUGGAUGGUAUCAUCAAUGAGGAAGAGUGUGAUCUGCCGGACAACGAGAGAGGGUACCCUGGCAACUGUGGCUCGGCCACCAUCGGCAUCACAUACUUGCUGUCCUACCUCGUUAUCUCUUUCCUCAUUGUUAUUAACAUGUACAUCGCCGUCAUUCUCGAGAAUUAUUCACAGGCGACAGAAGACGUUCAAGAGGGUCUCACGGACGACGAUUACGAUAUGUAUUACGAGAUCUGGCAGCGGUUCGACCCGGAUGGCACACAGUACAUUCGCUACGAUCAGCUGUCAGACUUCCUGGACGUGUUGGAACCGCCGUUGCAAAUCCACAAGCCCAACAAGUACAAGAUUAUAUCUAUGGACAUCCCGAUAUGUCGUGGCGACAUGAUGUUCUGCGUCGACAUCCUCGACGCACUCACAAAAGACUUCUUCGCGCGGAAAGGCAACCCCAUCGAGGACCCCGGCGACCUGGAGGUGGGGCGGCCCGACGAGGUGGGCUACGAGCCCGUGUCGUCCACGCUGUGGCGCCAGCGCGAGGAAUACUGCGCGCGCCUCAUACAGCACGCCUGGCGCCGCCACCGCCGCGCGCACGACGCGCCGGGCGCUGGCUCGGGCGCCGCGUCGCCGUCGGGCGCCGCCACUGCCGUUUUGCUGGACGCCGUGACGCCCAACGGGCACCGCGUGGUGCUGGGCGGCGGCGCGGCGUGGCGCGGCGAGGCGGGCCCGGCGCCGGCGCCCGUCUGA